AAAAGCCCAUUUCUCUGUGGAGUUUGAUCUUUGAAUAUCUUUUUCCCUCCUAAUGAAACAAGACCAUGAAGUGUUUGUGAAAAUGCCAGAGAGAACCCCGAUUGUCAGCACCGAGCAACCCAGGAGUCUCCGCAGAUCUCCGAGAUUUCUCCGCCAUAAGAACACUCCAGAACCACAGCAGCCCACGAGUCUCAGAAAAUCUCCGAGACUUCACGGGAAAAGAAUAACCUCAGAACCCGAAGAUCUAAAAACUCCCAAGACCAACUCCAGAAACAACAGGUUUCUCAGCUCUCCGCCAGAAAGCAAAAAAUACCCAGAAAAAUCUUCAAAGAAAUUGAGUAAAUCCGCUUGUGGGUCGAGAAAUUUGAGGAAUUUUAGUUCUGGGUUGAGGAGAUCUCCAAGGUUGAAUAGUUGCGCAGAAGUGUUUCGGAGUCUUAGACGGUCUCCGAGGUUUACUAAUCAGCAAAAUAUGGUUGAUGCACGCGUAGAUUGUGAGGAGAAAGUUUCAAUGAAAACAAGGAAAUCUGAUGUUGGGAAUAUGAGUUCUGGGUCGAGGGAGGCUUCAAAAUUGAAUGGUAGUGUUGAGGAAGUUGUAGGGCAUAGACGAUCUCAGAGGGUUUCUAAUCAACGAAAUGUUGUUUAUGAACAUAUGGAAGAGAGUGGCAGUGGUACGUCUUUGGAUGAAGUGGAUUUAACAGAUGAUGAAAAGUCUUUGGAUGAAGUGGAUUUAACAGAUGAUGAAAAAGCUGACAAGGUUGUGAAUUCUUGUGAACAAAUUGUGAGGAAACGUGAGAGGAGGACAAGGAGGAGCUCUAUUAGUCCGGAAGCGGUUAUUGUGGAAGGCGAAGAGAGGAUGGCUAAGGACAUUGGGAAAAACAGGAAGCGAAAGCGAGAUGAGGAAGAUGGUGGGAUGACUAAGGAGUGGACAAAGGAACAAGAAUUGGCCUUGCAAAGAGCCUAUUUUGUGGCAAAGCCAACACCCAAUUUCUGGAAGAAAGUUUCCAAACUGGUGCCAGGAAAGUCUGCACAGGAGUGCUUUGAUAAAGUUCACUCUGACAAUUUAACCCCACUUCAACCUCAGCCUCGAUUAAGGACUAAAAAAUCAGAGUCUUCUCCCAUUCAUAAUUUUUCUCUUUCAGAAAGUAAAUUGCUUAAGCCGAUGGUUAAAAGGUUGAGUUGCAAUAAACAGAAGGCUCGUCCUGGACGAAAAAUUUUCAGACACUUGAUACAAAAGCAUUAUUUUGUGGACCAGGAUUAUGAGGCAGAUCUAUUUUCAGUACUUGAGCCCAAUAUGGAUCCAUCUACUCAAGCUAUUCAGCCGGGUGUUAUACUUUCCACUCCAAUGCAGUCUUCAGGAAAACAAGGAUUUCUUAAAAAGUGCCAUGAGAGACCUUCAAGCCAUAAAAAGCCCCUUUCUAGAUUAAGUGGCUCAUCGUUGACAACCCUUGCUAGUCCCCCAGUACUGAAGCAGGUCAAAAACAGGGUCUUACAUGAUAAGUAUAUUGACCAAUUACAUUGCAGGGAAGUUAAAAGAAAAGCAGCAUCAGCACGGGCACGCAAGUUCUUUAUCGUUAAAGAGGAUAGAAAAGAUAUCCCUGUUCAGAAUAUUGACGUUGUUAGGGCUGCAAAGAAUGCCUUGGCAUCUGAUGCAAGAGAUGUUAUCAGUCAGUAUCAACACUUACAAGCUAAUGUCAUGAGCAACUCUGAUUCCAAUGAUGAUGAUAGUGUUGAUAGCGAUGAUGAUGAAAGUGAAGAUGGAACUUAGUUCUUGUUUUAGUUGAAAGUUUUCAAGAUCAAUUAGUAUGCAGUUUUCUUCAUAUUGCUAAUGGAAGCUGCCAUGUAUAACUGGUGACUUUUGAAUCUAACCCAUUUUGGAAAUCCUUCAUUUG